AUGGAGAGAAGGUGGCUCAACACGGGAGAUAGGGGCGGCAACGCAGCCCCCUGCCGAGGGAGCGGCUCAGAGACCAGCUGCUGCAAACACGAGGCAAGGGAGGAUGAGGAGCUGACCAACCUCAACUGGCUUCACGAGAGCAAGGACUUGCUGACGGCUAUAAGCCUGGCAGAGGAGGCCUCGGUGGGUUCACAGGCAACUCAGGUCAAAGAGAUCCCACUGUCCCCCGCACACACUCUCCACGAGCAUCAGGACAUCUCCAAACCCCCCUACUCCUUCAACUGCCUGAUCUACAUGGCCAUCGAAGGAUCGCCUGCUCAGUGUCUGCCAGUGAAGGAGAUUUACAAGUGGAUUUUGGAACAUUACCCAUACUUCAAGAGGGCGCCCAUGGGCUGGAAGAACUCAGUGAGGCACAACCUGUCCCUCAACAGGUGCUUCAAGAGAGUGGAGAAAGAUGGGAGGGAGGCUCUGGGUAAAGGUUCAUUUUGGUGUAUCGAUGAGGAAUCCAGGCCAAACCUCCUUCAGGCCAUCAGGAAAAGAGCUCUAUACAUCCAAAGUCCCCCUCCCAGCUCCAGUGCCACAGUUCUGCCAUACAUACCUUACACACAGGACCCAGAUGGAGAGAUUCCGCAGCAGCUUUUGAAAGUGAAUCAGGAACAUGGUGUAACUGCCGUAAUGGAUCAUGAUGGGACCAGUGUAAUUGUUGAUGAAGAUCCCACCAUGACAAACAGUUGUGAGCUGCCGUUUCUUCCCCUUCGGAAAGACUCCUUUUUCAACAGCCUGACACCAGCUCCCUCUACCAUGCCCAGUGGGGAUCAUAACUACAGCCUGGUGAGGGCAGAGGAAUGGGAGCUGUGCCUUCCGGUAGCCAGUGACCAGGAAGGACAUGAGAAUGUCUCAGGGAAACUUGGCUGCGAUGAGGGUGAUGAUGACAGUGAGGGCUUCCUGAGUGGUGAUGAGUGGGAGAUGGAGAACAGUUCAGAGGACGAGGAGGUCAAGGACUCGCUAGCGGACAGCGGCUAUGUUCCCCUCAGCCUCCGGGAUGUCCCGGCUGUGGAGCUGUCAGAGGGCAGCCCGUGUGACAGGAGCCAGGAGGGGUUGGGAUUCUCGGGCAUUGAUGAAGAGCUAAAAGAGGUGGCUGGAUCCCUGCUCCACCUGGCUGGAAUCUGCAGCUGA